CCCAUUCUUUUUUUUUUUUUUGCGGUACGCGGGCCUCUCACUGUUGUGGCCUCUCCCGUUGCGGAGCACAGGCUCUGGACGCGCAGGCUCAGCGGCCAUGGCUCACAGGCCCAGCCACUCCGCGGCAUGUGGGAUCUUCUCGGACCAGGGCACGAACCCGUGUCCCCUGCAUCGGCAGGCGGACUCUCAACCACUGCGCCACCAGGGAAGCUCCCUCUCCCCCAUUCUUAAGCUAACUAUAGAUAUCAGACAAAAAUAGACCUCUUAUUAGUUGGCGAUGUCACUGUUCAGUACCUGGCUGAUAUUGUACAGAAAUUCUUUUCAAAUUUAGCAAAAAUCACCGUCAUCAUUAGUGAUGUGAAGACGGUAGCAGCACUUGUGGAUGAUUGCACGUUCAACAUGGUUUUUCUGAAGUUGACCUCUUUACCAACUGCCGAGGAGCUGGAAGCUGUCAGAUUAAUUAGAUGUGGCAAGAAAAAAAAUACACAUUUGCUCUUUGUUUUUAUAAUCCCUGAGAACUUCAAAGGUUGUCUUUCAGGUCAAGGAGCUGAUAUUACUUUAUCUGAACCACUGACAAUGGAAAAAAUGAGUGUUGUGAUAAAAUACUGGAAAACAUGUCUCUCAAAUACUGUUAAGAAUGAAAUUUCUGUGAAGCCUGAAGAACCUGAAUUGCCCCUGCAGAAGUCCUGCAGUGAACACCUGAGAUAUUUUUCUACUGAUCUAUUUGCUCGCUCUGAAUCUCUAAGAAAUGACAUUGGGUUUGAAUUAAAGGAUCCGUUGUCAAAUUUCGAGAAAAACAAAAAGAUUUCUGUUCUUCACUCAAGCAAGGAAAAGCUGAGAAGAGAGCGAAUCAAGUAUUGCUGUGAGCAGCUGCGUACCCUGUUGCCGUAUGUGAAGGAGAGAAAGAAUGACACAGCUUCGAUUCUCGAGGCAACAGUUGACUACAUGAAGUAUGUCCGGGAGAAAAUCCCUCCAGCCAUCAUGGGCCAGAUUACAGAAGUACUUCAGAUCAAUAGGAGGUUUUGUAAGAAACGACAAACGCCCAUCCAGCUAUCCACCCCAGGCACGAUUAUGGCACAAAGAGAAAACAGUGUGUUGACAAGCACUUAUUCACCUGUGAGAGGGAUCAGAUUCCUGGCUAAUAAACGCUUGAACGUGUACUCUGUUCCUGCCUCCGGGGCUCCCUUGGAUGAAGCUGUGAGAGGUCAGUCGAGCUCUGCGUCAGAGAACACUGUUGGCGCCGUGUGUAAAACCCGAAUCCCCAGCACAGCUCACUCUCUCAAUUCCUUCCGUGCCGUCAGAUACUAUUCUAAAGUCGUCCCUUCCUAUGAUGCCGCUGCCGUAACAAAUCAGAACAUUUCGGUACAUUUUCCAACAGCUGUGCCCAAAGUCUCGAAGUUUCUUCCUCAGCACUGCAAUUCUGUGUUGGGCCAGGCGUGCGCAGCACACCCCAACUGUCUGCAACAGUUUUGGGCGUAUUAAUAGCACAUGUUUGAAAUUCACACUCUAGACCACCUACUGGGUGCCGUUUGACAAUACAAGAAGAAUGGAACAAAGCAUGAUCUUGAAAGCUACACCCAGAGACCUACUAUCAAAAGGGUUUGCAUUGUAUGGCUUCUGAUAAAUGUGCUAAAAGCUUCUGCAGUCAGAAAGACAGGCAGCAAAAGUGCUAGCCAUAGGUUUUUACUUACCUUCACACAUACUUGGAUCUCCCCCAACCCAGGUGCUACAAGAACAAACGGCCUAGGUGAGCUAGACUCUUUUUUUUUU